UGAAAAUACAAACAAGUGUCUAGCACAUGAUAGCUAGCGAGCUGUGUGUGGGGUUUUUUAUGGGUUAGCCAAAAGGCUGUAAAAAUGUAUGGCGCUCCUGUGGAUUUAUCAUUCAAAUGCCUCAGCUCAAUGACAGACGCUCUGACGGAGGAGCCAAAUCAGGGCUUGCGGCCACUGAAGCGAAAUGCAGAGAAGAAGUUCUGCAGCCGCUCGCUGCGUCUCAACAACAACAUCAUCACAGACUUGAGUGGCUUCAAUAAUACGGUCUCAGCCUUCCUCUCAGAGCCCUCACAGCUCGCCUGGGUCGACCUGUCCUUCAACGACAUCUCACACAUAGACCCAGUCCUGGUGGAGCUGAAGGAACUGCGGGUGUUGUAUCUCCAUGGUAACAGCAUCUGUAACCUUUCAGAGGUGGAUAAGCUGGGCGCCCUGCCCUUCCUACAUACACUCACCCUGCACGGCAACACCAUGGAGAAUGAGGGGAGCAACAGGGGGUAUGUGAUUGCGGCUCUGCCUCACUUGAAGAAGUUGGACUUCAGUGCUGUAACACGGCAGGAGCGAAUCAUGGCCCAGGUCUGGCAUCGCUCCGGAAACCGUGGCAAAAACACUAGGAAGAACCAGGACAACUGACCUGUCACCACAGAAACGGAGGGAGGGGGGGACACAAUCGUCAUGCCAACCAACCAAAAGGUUCCAGAACAACAGGCUUACAUCAGGAGGCCUUAUGACUGAAGCAUCAUGUAAAAGUACAAUAUGAAUCUACUCAUCAGAAACUCCUGUCUGGUGUCUGUCUUAGAGUUGGGGGGGAAGGAAUAGUACAUCUACAGUAGAUGUGAUUUCUGCUUAAUUAGGAUAUUCCUGACCUUUUUGUGACCUUGACCUACACUGCUCAAA